UUUACUACGGCACGUGAUACAACAAUAGAAAGUAGAGAAAGAUACCGUGUCUUUGAUUGAUUGAAUUGUGACAUGGCUAAGUGAUUGAGGUGAUAUCUCUGAAGAUGACGAUGUUGCUGAACAUAUUGGUGUUUUAUGCGUGCCUGCUUCUGGUCAUUUCAGUAGAACAAAAUGUAGUUCAGAUGUCGUUUAAUCCUGAAUAUAAUGUUGUGCUUGAAAAGAAUGAUCCAGGGACAGUAGCUCCGAAACCAUUUACAUUUGCCAGUUAUUAUGGCAACAAUAUGGUGCUUCAAAGAGCACCCUAUCAUGCAGUAAUAUGGGGUUAUUCACCAAACAUAGGAGAGAGAAUUAUUAUCCGAGUGAGUGACACAGAACAGAUUUAUAAAGCUAUUGUGGAGAAGGGUCCAGAUGGGGUCAAUGGUAUAUGGAAAGUGAAAUUAAACCCAGAAAACAGAACUAUACCGUUUGUAAUCACAGCUAUAUCAAGUACAGCUUCCAGAAGUUUAGCAAAUGUUUUAUUUGGAGAUGUUUGGCUUUGUUCUGGACAGUCUAAUAUGCAGUUCACUGUUAAUCAGACAUACAAUGCUACUCAGAUAGUUGAUGAAGCUUCCCAAUAUACAUCAGUUCGUCUUUUUACAGUAGCAGAAACACAGUCAUCUUAUCCAGCUUAUGAUUUGAUUGAGAUUCAACAACCUUGGUCAAUGGCCAACAAAGAAUCAGUUGGUUUUGCACCAUGGAAGUAUUUCUCUUCUGUUUGUUGGUUAUUUGGUAAAAGUUUGUAUGAUAAGAAACAGUAUCCUAUUGGAUUGAUUGCUACAGAUUGGGGAGGUACGCCAGUUGAAGCUUGGUCAUCUGUUGAAGCUUUAAAUAAAUGUGGUCUACUAGCUGGACAGUAUCCGGUUGAAGAAGAAUGGUUUGGUGUGGGUGCUACUAUGAGUAACAGUGUAUUAUGGAAUGCCAUGGUUCAUCCUAUGAUCAAUAUGACCAUUUAUGGAGCCAUCUGGUAUCAAGGUGAAGCAAAUGAAGUUGUCAAUGUUAACAAAUAUAAUUGUACAUUUCCCACUAUGAUAGAUGAUUGGAGAUUGCGGUUUUCACAAGCUGGAGAUACUAAUCCACUUUUCCCGUUUGGAUUUGUACAAUUGGCUGCGAACAGAUUAGAUCCAAGUAUAUCAACAGGAUUUCCUGAUAUCCGCUGGCAUCAAACUGCUGAUUAUGGUCUUGUACCAAAUAAAAGAAUGCCAAACGUUUUCAUGUCUGUGGCAAUGGAUUUACCAGAUUUCUUUUCACCAGAUGGAAGUAUCCAUCCUAGAGACAAACAAGAUGUUGCCAUUCGAUUAGUUUUAAGUGGGUUAGCUGUAGCCUAUAAUGAGACUGUGCCUGAAUGGCAAGGACCAUUACCUAAUCAAGUAUCACUCAGUCCUACAGAAAUAACACUUGACUUCUCUGCUCAGAUUGAAGUACGAACCGUAGAGGGCUUUGAGAUUUGUUGUUCAGUUGGGGGAGGAAAUGAAUGUACAAGUUCUAAAUCCUGGUGGUUACCUACUCCUAUUGUUUCUAAUACAACCAAAUCCAUUAAUCUUUAUCCCAUCUGUGCUACUGGCGAAAAUAUUCUUGGAAUCCGAUAUUCGUGGAGAGAGUCACCAUGUCAGUUUAAGAAAUGUGCUGUCUAUAGUACAGUUGCUGAACUACCAGGACCUCCGUUUAUAUGGUAUAAAUCAAGUUCUAGCUCAAAACAAGAAAAACCACUACAAGUAGUAUACUCAAUGCUAUGGGAUAAACCACAACUUAAUAGUUUGCCUUAAAACAAUAAUAUCUAUUUUAAAAUGUGAUUAAAUGUUGUAGUAAGUUUUUCUUAUUAUUGAAAGCAGGGUCGGCAAGAUUUCAUAAACACUACUUACAUUGUUAAUGAACUUUAAUUCCCUUCUUCUUUUUUUUUAAAAAAAGCAUAAAAAAAGACAAAAUGUGAAAUAUUACUUAAAGCUGUAGUGCUAAAUAUCAUUUUUAUUUUAAAAGUAAUUGUAUGUAUCAGAACAAUUUUUGUAUGUUUAUUUUGUUAGACUUAUAUUUUAGUAUCAACAUUGUUAACUGUGUCUAGUAAUAUUCUUUUUUAAUUAUUUAUAUUUAAUGUACUAUAUAUAAACUUUCUUUGUAUGACCUCUGUCCGCACAAAACAUCAUAACCUAUUUGUUAUAUGUCUGAAUAUCCUGACUAAGAACUAAAUAGAAAUGUUUAGAGAUUAUAGAAGUAUGUUAUCCAUUGCUUUUAACAGCCGUGGUACAGUCAUUUCUAAUUGUUUCUGUAUUUCAAAUAAACUACCACAUUCCA